AUGUACCAGAGCAAGGAAAAGAAGGAACAGGAGGAGGAAGGGAAACGAGGCGUGGGUAUAAAAAACCCAUCGAGCCAAAGGAACAGAAAGUAUGGAAGAAAUGCAAAAGCUCCCGCACCAUUAUAUAACAACAGAUAUAUUAACAAAUUUCAGAAACGAAAUAAUGACCUUCGGACAAAAAGAGGGAACCAUGGAAUGAUGAGCUUUGGAAAUUUGUCUCUUUAUAGUAACCACCAGCAUAUGAAGGCAGAAAAUAUAAAAGCCAAUCCAUUAUAUGCGAAUAAAACUCUCAUCAGUAGGAGUAUCAAGGAAAACACAAGAACGACACUUUACAAAAAAAAUUACUUCGCACAAGAUAACAUUAACUAUAACACUUUCAUAAAUUCACAAACACCUGUCUGUUCAUUUCAUAUAGAAAAAACAGAAGAGGACAUAAAAAAUCAAAACAAAUUUAACGAGACUGUGUACAGAAGUAACGACAAAAAUGUCUUCAGCGAAGUGACGAACUCUGAGUUCCCUUCAUUCGUUGAGGAAGUCAAUUUCACAAACCAUCUAGUUCAGUUAUCUGCCAUUCUUGUACUCUCCAAUAACGAUAAGAUUUUUAACAACUUAGAGUUUGAGGGGAGGACCAUCCCUUCUCCUAAUGAUUGCAAUUUGUGCAUCUACGUGAACGUAAUAAAUAAGUACACCUCUCAGUAUUACAAGCAGCUUUAUCCUGUGUCGUAUAAUUUUAAAAAUCGCCUUCUGUUUGCUACUCCAAGUAGCUCCUCUGUUGUCGAUUCAUCUCUCCUGGUGGAUAAAAUAAUCAUCAAGGGGAACUUCAAGACCCUUUCUCUCAUCGUGUUGGGACAGCCAGAGGAGAUAACCGACGCGUUGAUAUCCUACCGAGAAAAUCUCCUGGACGCUAACCUGAGGAGCAGGAUCGGCGAAGAUACACUCGACGUUGAAAACGUAGACCUGGAGAAGGACCACUUGUAUGUCCCCAGGAGAUCCGUCGAUAUCAAGACGUAUAACAUCACCACCCUGAUUGAUGAGAAGCUCAUUUCGAAGCAAUCCAGCCAGGGAAAUUAUUUCGACAAAAUUGAUUGCUCCCUCGGGGGUACGCAGCAUGAGGAGGGCGAACCCAGCAAACUCGGCCGAAUUGGUGAAAUGGGCCAACCUGGAGAACCGCAUCACCCGCAGCAGCUGGUCCAACUGAGGCACCUGUCUGACCUCCUAGAGGAACAGUUCCUAAAAAAUAAUGCUGACCAGAUUGGAAACUCAAAUUGUGAAGAUACCGCUAAAGAGGAAGAAAAUGAUGUCGACCAUAAUAACCCCCUCGAGGAAAAGCAGAUAAAUGGAGAAAACGUCAAAGAACCACCAACAAAACGAUCGAAUGAACACACCAGUGAUGUCAUUGACAUGAGCGCAGCGGAAAGUGAAACAACUUACACCAAGAAAGAUAGCAUGCCAUGCUUCAUCCCACCGGACAAUGAACUUAUAAUAAAGAUACUAAACGAGUUUACUGAACUGUAUAAAAUGAGAAAACACAUUUCCAAGGACAAUUCGAUAAUCUAUAGGAAAAUUAUUAAAUACGGAAUGAUGUGGCUCUUCUACAUUUUCCAUCAGAUAAAAAAAGAUCAGGAAAACUUUCUUUUUAACUAUGCAAAGUACACCGAAAUUAAGACGUACGAUAUAUUAGGGUGUUUGUUAUUACUUAGGAGAUGUGCACUUUAUUCCGAGCUAGCUAGAGACCUAAUACAUAUGAAUUUCAAUUCUCACAUGAUUUAUAUGGACCCCCAAUGCCCCCAUGUUUUGAUCAAUUUAGUCGACAUGCUCAGUGUUAAUAACGUUUACUUCUUUUCGUCGUGGAAAAUUAAAACGUCCAUCUUAAAAUCGCUCAUCGCGCUCAUAUCAGAUGCCUACGUCAUGAAUCACUUCUGCACCUAUGUGGACGAGGAUGGAGAAACACCCUACCAGAAAUUGCUCAAGGUGUCCUCAAGCACCAAAAUGAAGAGGUACAACGCGAAGAGGCUUCUCGGAAUCAUCCUCUGCAGAGUGAAACUGUACCAGCACAUCAGCAGCUUCGAAAGAACCGUCAUGCACAUCGUCGUGAAGAGGAGGAGCUAUGACAAGAAGCUGUUUAGCCAAACCAUCACGUCCAAGCUGAUGUGCGAGUUGAAGAAUGUUCACAAAGAAUUAUUUCAACACAGCUGUAGGCCAGAGAAAUUUGAAAUUUAUUUAAAAGGCUCCCUCUUUUUAAAUUCGUAUGACAUUGCUUUUGUAACGGCUGUGAACGACUUUCUGUUUUAUUUCCUGAACUGUUCAGGUGGAAUUAAUUUGUUACUAAAUUACAAUUUCCCCAUUUUCGAGAAAUUGUACAAAAGCAUAUGUCUACUUAUAAAUAAAAAAAUGAAAGACCUCAAUGGAAAGGUAAACGACUUGAUGACAGGCCAAGAGGAUGGCCCAGGCACUGACCAAAUGAUCGAUUCCAGCAGAAGCAAAGGCUCGGACACUACUGAGCUUUCAAACGUGGGGGCCAAAAUUCAACUCUUUAAAACAAAGUCAAAUGAAGCUGCAUCAAAUUUGUAUGACAGCCCGAGUGAAGUGAAGGGUGGCUGCACGGAGAAGGCCACUGAAAAAAAUGACCCAUCCUGCCACGAAUUUCAGGACCCCUAUGAUGAAUGUGGUCAAGUCAUUGGGACCAAGCCCCUACCGGAGGGGGAUGACACAACCGACACGGGGGACGUAGUCCCUAGGGGCAACAUUGACAGUGCGCGCCCCGCAGUAGGAGCAGCACGAGGGAACCUUGCCCCAGCCAACUCCUCUUACGAAAGGGAUGACCCGAACGCAAGCGCGGAAAAUCUGAAGCAUCAUUUCAUAUUCAGCGAGAAGAACUUCUUCUAUGACAACUCCAAGUGCAUCUACACCUACAACGAUGUCCUGAGGAACAGGGACCUUUCAGACGAUCAGUAUAUGGAUGGGUUUAACUACAAAGACAUGAAGAAUGUCAGAAAUUACUGCUCAUACAUAUUAUGCGCCUUGAAGACCUUUUUCAAGACGAACCUCCUAAUCGAACUCUUCUUCAAUUCUGGAGGUAACAUAUCUUUGGAACAUUUAAAAUUUUUUAACGUCCUAAGUUCGUAUCCUCUGUCAAAACUGGCCCUCUUCAACAAUGACAACUUUUAUUACUUCUUCCUGCAUCUCAUUCAUUUGUUGUAUUACUUUAUCUACUUGGAAAAGUUGUACGAAGAAGGACUUCCCAGUGAGGGGCCAGCAGCUAACAAGUCCAAUUGUACGAAUCUGGGCCAAAAAGACGAAAGAAGAGAAGGCCCAGAGAAGGACACGGAGCGCAAACCCAAGCAGGCACAAUCAUCCCCAAUAGACACAUUAACAGAUAUGGAUAAAACACACCAACUGAACAACUCUCAUGUGAGUAGCAACACCAACGAGUGCAUCCUAGUCACGAUUAGAUACCUCCUCGGAAUUAUUUACAACUUAAUUUUUUAUGACGAAUCGGGGCAUUAUGUCUACCACCUCGGCUACUCCAUAUAUGUGUGCCUGGAAGAAAUCAAGAACAUCACUGGGGAGGUGAAAAAGAACAAAGACUACUCCUUUGGUAACCUGAAUAAUACUUUUCCGAACAGAAUUCUACUGAAAAAUUAUCUAAGUAACGACAAGCUGUUUUAUAAUAACUACUUCUACCUGUAUGACAAUCUGAAGGGAUUGUACUCCGAGCUUUAUCGCUAUGAGAAGAAGAAGUUCAACGAAAUGUCCCCGGGGAGGAAGAAGGAGCUCUACGAAGGUAGGCUCCUCAACGUGCUUAGUAAUGCCACUGGGGAGGAAGCAGCGAAUCGGGGCCACAACACACAGCAGUCCGCUAACGAAAAGCAGGCCCCGAGCACACAGGUGACCGGCCCGAGCGCCCCUGCGCCAAGCCUGGUCAACCAAAUCAAGCAGCGCAUACAGAAAAAGGAAAAAAUGUACCUGGACUUACCACCCCUAAAGUCGACCUUCACACCAAGUGUCACAAAAAUAAUUGAAAUCUGCAAAGUAGAAAAGGACAGCAAGUACGCACUGAAGAAAUCAAAGGAAUUAAACAAUUACAACUGCAAGCUGAAUAACGACAUAUAUAUAAACAACUCCUCGAAAAACUGCUCUCGCCUGGGUAGUGGCAGCAGCACAAAUCACCAAUACGUAGAAUUGUUAGAAGAACUGGAUGAUACCCCCUCAGAGAGUUACCCCCCAAAUAGGAAAGUCGACACUACCACGUAUCCCUUUCUCCCGCUCAACCUGCUCUAUUACUACAUGAAUUUGUGCCCAAAUGUGAACUUCUUUUCCAAGCUGUAUGAUGAAAAUGGGCUCAGAGAAAAGGGCGCAGUGGAGGAGGAAGAAGAUGAUAAGUACAAGAUGCAAGAAGAGGGGGACAUUUUUUACCUCAACAGGCAAGGUGUUCUCCACGGGGAUGACGUGCACCACACAAAUUACAUAUUCGUGAAAAAUGAUAAAAUUGAUGAGACAAACAAGCCGAUACGGGGAGAGACCACCAAGGAGAGGAAAACACAUAACCACAGCAUUGAUAAUUACAUCGGUAACAACAAGAGCAACCUGCUCAGUGGUGGCAGUCAGCAGGAAGAGGGGCCCUUCUUGGCCAACGCCAAUUACAUAAGCAAGCACGAACACGGGGAUUUUAAAAACAUAGGAACGAUACUCUACGUGGAAAAUAACCUUCAGUUCAUAAUCAAAUUGAUAACAAAGUGUAUCUUCUACCUAAAUGGAAACACAUUCAAAUUGUCUCUCCUCAAUUUUAACAAAAUGAGCGGCAGAAUACUCUACAAAAUAUUAAAAAAUCGACGAAAAACACUCUUUCUAGUAAAAUCCAUCCUGAACAUCCUUUUAAACUUUUUUUACAACUUAACGAGUAAUGCUAAUUCUAUUUCUUUAAAGUCGUAUAGAAAUAGCGAGUUGUUUUAUUCUCUCCUUUUUCUGCUGAACAAGUUACUGAGCUUUAGCGACUGGUUGGGAUCCAACAACACAUCGGAGUGUAAUCAUCAUUCGUCUGUUUUCCUCCUAAGAUAUAACAUCAUUUAUUUGCUUCGCAUUUUUUCCUUAUGGUUUAAUAAGACAACUGACAAUCAGUCUUUCCUCUUUCGCUGCGUUUUGAAGUAUACAAGAAUUCUCCCUUCCUUUAGUACCUCUGGCAUGCUCCUCAUUCUGACGUUUUUCGAUUUGAAGAAUAUUUUUCCAGAUUACAUUUACUCCUUUUUCCUUGCCAAGAAUUUGAAGGGCAUUUGCUACGACGCCGAGAAGGCUAAUUCCUCUUUGGAGGAACUCUUCAAACAGCAACAGUGUCUAAUGCAACAGAGGGGAGAUCCCCAGGGGGAGGACAUGCAGAUGGAAGACUCGGACUGGGAGGAAGUAACCGAGGUGGAAGAAUCGGAGGAGGAAUGCGAAGAGGAUGAGGUGGAUAAAGCGAAGCAGGAGUACGAAGUUGACGUGGUGGGAGAAGCCGACACAGCAGCAGCAGCGGAGGAAGAAGAACACCCCACAAGGGGAAGCAAACAAAGGAAAAGCAAACGAACCGCAAACAGGGUUAUCGGCAGAAAGGGGAAGAAAAACAAAAAUGACGGACAUGAAACGGAGGUGCCUAGCCAACUUGAUGGGGAACCCAACCUAAAAGGGGAUGCAUCCAAAGGGGACGCAUCCAUAGGGGACUCACCCAAGGGGAACCCACCAAAUGGUGAUAGCCCCAAUGAAGAGGUACAGGACCAUGAGGCGAAUGAGGAGGGAGCCCACUCGGAAAGUCUGCAAGGAAGCAAAAUCCCUCAAACAGGGGGAAACAAACACGAGCUCGCUAAAAAUCAGGACGAGUUCCCGAGCCAUGCGAAAUAUUGUACCUCUCCGUAUGACAAAUGGGCCGUGUGCAGGAAGAACCGCAAAACGUUUGAUCGUUACGCGCUUGAGCUGGACCGCCCCUGCGAUACCUUCUUGAGCGAUGUGGAGGAAGAUAGGAAGAAGGAAGAACAAGAUGGAGUGGCUACCCACGACGGAGAACCGGAGUAUUACAACGCAGACCCCCUCCAUGAGGAUAGCCUAAGCAGAGUUAGACCGGUAGGUGGGACAAACUAUCGUGGGAAAUUCAACACGGAAGGAAAUGAAACCUCAAAUGAGGAGGCACACGAAAAAUUGAAUGAAGAAUUGUACAUUGAAAACAUGGGCGAGCCCGACGCCGAAGACAACCAAGGCAGGAGCUUAGAAAGAGUCGUUAUGUACUGCAAGCUGGAUGAUGCAUUUCAAGAAAAUGAAGACAAAAGGCUAUACCUUUGUUGCGACAUAAAUGUGAUGAAGCGAAUUUUAAAUGAACAGCUGUGCGACCAAUUCCGAGUGCUCAAUUUAGCUCACUCGACGGAUGAUCAUGAAGAAAUGAUAGAAGCCAAUGGAAAAAACAACAAACAGAUGUUUGGUUACCAUAACAGGUCAUUGAUUGGCAAUCUAUCACUCAACCUUAGCGAUGUAGAGGAUGAAACUAGUAAAGAAAAUAAGAAUCAGGGCGGUUCAAGCAGCCCCAGCAAUUUUAACAUACUGAAUGAUGAUAGCUUGGCGAAGAAUUAUAUUGGGAAUAACUCUAAGGGAAUCUCCUUCCUAUCGACACGAAAAUUCCUUUGCAGGAAAGGGAAGAGACAGCCAUUAAAUCCGUACAGUGGCAAAGGUGUAAACCUUGGCGGAGGGGGAGGCAUCUCCUUUUUGUCCCCAGAAUUUAAGGACCAGUUCAGUGAGGAGGAUGACCAAUGCCUUCAAAGCAGUUUCGCCUUUCAUAAUUUUAAAUACACAACGGGGGGAAUAACCAGCGAGGAGGGACAUAAUAGUGACGAUCAUGGUGCUUCCAACGAUGACGACUUCUAUCACCCAAGUUUUGACCGAACCGAUGAGAAGUCGAGUAAACAGCCCCUUUGGGGAGAGGACUACUACUCCUCAAAGCUCAGGUUGGAAGCGAAGCAAAGGUUGAAAGUGAUAAGGAAAAAAACCGCUGGUGUAUUAUCGCCAAACAAAACCACCUCCAUCCGCGUGAUGUGCCCGUAUGCAAUUAAAAAUUUUGUAAACGACAGCGAGGAAAAUUGUGCGGAACACAUCCUAAAACAGAUCAGGCAAAAUGAGCACCUCGAAGAGCAGCACAUCAACCUGAACAGGUUAAGUCAAGUGGAAAGGGAAAAAAUAUAUCUAAUAAAAAGGGAAUUGAAAAUAAGAGAGUACACCAAUUUGGAAGAUCUGUGUGAUUACAUAAAUUUCAUCGUAAGAAUAAGCAAAACGAACAACGUAAUUGGUCGCGCUUUGAGCACGUACUGUUGUGUUCUGCUUCAUAAUCACAGAAUCCCGAUUUUUUCGAUCCUCUUCAAUCACAUAUAUAGCAUUAUGAACCAGUUGAAGAAGAUAAACAUGUAUAACACUAAUAGUAACGAUGACGAGACAAGCAUAUGCAUGAACAAAAUAAACUUCUACUCAUUCUAUUCCUACAACAGCACCCAACUGAGUAACAUUCUGUACACUUACAAUAAGGAGAUUUACCUCUUAAAGGAGCUGUCUAACUUUUUCUCCCUCCUCUGUGAAAUUUUUCACAUGUGCUUCUUUAACAGCUAUAAAAAUAAUUACAAUAGGUUAAUAAGACUCAUUUACUUACCAUCGAAGAAGCUGCUUGAUAUUCUAUACGAUUUGAUAAGCAACUUGAAUGAUGUUUUUCCACAGGAGCUCAUUCGAUAUGUCGUCAAACUGUCCGCCACGAUUUUCCGAGGCUAUGCUUAUGUCCUCUUCGUCUUCUUUAACAAGCAAGCCAUUUUGCACAGUCAAAGAAACCCCCUCGUUGUGGCCUCUCCAUGUGAAAGACCAAAUGGAUGCCCACAAUUGCAGUCACAGGAGUGCCUCUUCAUACAGAAGAUCCGAAACCCCGCAGAGCAGUUCACCUUGUGUCAAGACAAGCAAAAGGACAAUGAGAUCACAAGUACCAACACCGGCUUCUUCCCCAAUCAGAAAGUCCUCCUUUCUUGCCCUAACUACGUAAAGUAUAUCAAAUUCUUUGUGCAAUACUAUGCCGAAUUAAUAAACACGAAAAAUAUGAUCGAUGAUGAGAACAAAAAGAAAGUGCUCUACAAAUAUGCUCAUUACGUCGAUCUGAAAACGGUACAUCUGUGCUUAAUAAAUAUUUACGAAAUUGUGAAGAAUCGAGUGUUCUUUUUUUUCUCCUUCUUCAAAGUUCAGAGGGGGCUAGCCAACUUAUUCUUUAGAUACGUACACAGGUGUAAAAGUACGAAGGAAGGCUCUCCACUCCUGUUUAGCAGAGAUUAUUGGGCGACCACACAAAUGGGGGACGCGAAAACAGCCCAGCUGCUUCUCACACCGACACCCUGUGAAGAAACUGAAAUGGCCUUCAUUCACCUGUUCGAUUUCUACCUAAAACCAAACAGACAUAUAAACCUUUCCUACCUCCUCGACUUCUUCUCCUGCUUGUGCAAUGUCAUCCAAGACAUGAAUUACAAAAUUAUUGAGCUUUAUCAAUACAUAAAUGUCAUAGAUAUGAUAAUAAGUAUAAUUUUCCAGAUUGUUCAUUACAACUUUAAUUCGCUCUUCAUUCUCCACCACUUGGUCUCCCCCGAUGCAUCAGAAGUCACUCGGCACGUAAACAAGAUGCUUCGGAUUCACCGAACCGAGCGACUUCGCCAAACAGGAGAAGCCUACCAUUCAGCGCAGAGCAAUUCCACCAAUACUGAAUUUAAAGAUAAAAACUCAAUCAAAAUAAACACAUUUGAAAAAAAAAAAAAAAAGACAAUGCUCCUACCCAAUGUGGAUGACUUCAAGAGGAACUUCCUAUCCGGUCUGCUCAACAGUUUGGAAUAUCUCCAUCGCUAUAUGAACAAAAAGCUGCAUGAUCAAGUGGAGCAAGUGAACCCAUAUAAUGAUCCCAGUGGAGACAACUUUCAAAGAGGAAAUAGAGACGACUGUAAUGAUGAGCCCACAAAAACCACCGACACGGAUGCGAUGAAGCUGGAUGGAAAAGCGGAACGAGACGAAUCUGCCACUGAAUCCACCUGUAUGAAUAGAAACAAACCGAAAGGUGCCAUCGGAACAAGCGAUGCAGAACCCCCCUUGCACCUCCUUUCAGUUUCCGUUUUAAAUCUCAUCCGCAAGGUCAAGUCGGUAAAAGAACGAGUCCUUACUUUGAAUGAAUGCUUCGUGCCCACGAUCACGUUUAAGACCUUUCUCCUUUUCGUUUGCUACGAGAUGAGUGAGUUGAAGAAUAUUUAUCGAGCCCAAACUGCAAAGAGAAGCUUCUCAGGGGGGCAGGUACCCGGGGGGGAAGCUAACCAGAAGAGGAGACGAUGCACCAGGAGCGACGAUGGGGUAGAUGCGGAAGUAAAUAACCAUGCUGAUGUAGAUAACGAUGCGGAUGUAGGUAACGAUGCUGACGUAGAUAACGAUGCGAAUGUAGAUAACGAUGCUGAGCUCGGGGAGGAUAUUCGCAGUGGCGAGGAGGAUGAACAAUCGGGUGCCGCCAAGGACAGCAAGACCAGUGAGGAACGAUCGGCGAAGAGUCACCCUGCGAAAAACAAUGAUCUUGCCGCGUCUGACCCCGCCGCCACCCACACGAAGGAUUGCGCCUCCCUGUGCUACUCCAUCUUCAACGACGCCAACGUGACGAUAAACAGCCAAUUCCUCUUCAAAAAGCUGAGCGACGUUUUUUACGCCCAAAACGUUCUUAACAAAGUUACCAAAUCGUUUGAGUCCCACCAACACAUAGACGACAACUACCUCAUCACGGUGAAGAACAUGAAUGCGAGCAUCUGCAUCCCCUCCCUAAACAAAAAAUUGUAUGACCACUGUUCACACCUCUUUGCUGACAUCCAGUCCAGAAUAUAUCUAAAUGAAAACGACCAGGACAGAAACAGCUUCACCCUCUUUAACUUAUCACAGGAAAGUAAGUCCAAAGAAAUAGACGAGCAACAUGCACUGUACAAUUACAUAACCCUACUGAAAGAAGAAAAGAACAAAUUGCAGAAGAAAAAAAUGGAUGCCAAAAAUGUACAGGCUGCUCAGACCAAAGGGGGAAAACUCUAUAAGAGGAGUGAAAAAAACACCUUUGAGGACCACUUUAGGAAUCGAAAAACUGUGUCCUCUCGGGCCCCCUCCAAGCACGUGGAUGAUUACGAAGCUGCUAAUGCUACCAAUGCUACCAGUGCUACCAAUGCCACCACUAAUGCAUCUCCAAAUGAAGGCAACGGUAACCUAAGCGGAAAGGAAAACGAAAAAGAGAAUCAAAACGAAAAUGUGCAAGCCGUUAGAGAAAAUAACGACAUUUCCCUUGAGGGCACCAUCAAAGGAGAUAUCAUAACUGGGCCAAAAGGGGGAUCCAAAAAUGCAGCCACAAAAAAUAUGCACACACAGGAUAAAAAUAAAGUGAGCAAAACUGCCAACCGCGUCUACAAAACGAGCAACAUGAACAACACGACCAGCAUCGGGUUUGACGGCAUUGUUAAUGACGUCAUCGGAAACGACAUCGACGGGGUGCCAAGCAGCGGAAACAUGGUGAAGAAUGAUAUUUAUAGUACUAAACCUGGGGAGAGAACCAACAAAAGGAACAACGAGAAGGCCUCCGGCAGAAGGCGCGCCGAUGGUUAUGCAUCGGGCGGUGCUAGGGGCGAAUAUCAACAAGAGGUAAACUAUGACUCCAACUAUGAUGAGAACCACGACUUGAAUGGAAACCCCAACUAUGACGCAAGUUACGACACCCAAUACGACCCAACCUUCGAGCCAAACCAGGACCACCGUCUUGACUACGACCAGUACGACCCACGAGAUCAUCUGAGCAGCCACGGCUACGACAUGGACGGAGAAGAAAACAAUCCAUACGAUCCCCUGAAUAAUUAUUCCAAUGAAGAUAACUUAGUAAUGAAUGCGUCCAACCGACCAAGUCACCAUCCUAACGACCUCUAUGACAGGGAUCACGCCCUCUACAGUUAUAAGAAUAAAAAUGACCUAAAUAAAGACGGCAUGGAGAACAAUCUAAAGGCGAAUGACUACCACGUAACUUUGCAACAUGAUGAAAAAUUUGACGUAGCAUAUGGAGGUCAAUUUUCAAACCAUACAGAAAGUAAAAGCAGUGGUGUUGCCAAAGUGAGUAGCGACAUGGCUAGUAAGAUCACCCUCGAGCAGGAUACCCAAAACGGGGAAGCCAGUAAAGUGCCCAAUAAAAACUCUCAGUUCGAAGACUGCACCUGCUACAAAUUCAAUUUAGUUGGAUGGAAAGAAUUUUCAGAGGAUGGACAUAAAAACGAUUUAGACGUUUGUAAAAUUGUGAACAAGCCCGUUUUGCUCAGGGACCCCAGAAUUAAAAUGAAAUUUCUUAAAAUUCUCGACAGACAUAAAAAUAUAAAAGAUAUAUUUAAAAAGCUCGGCGUUGACAUAAAGUGA